AGACAGAGCAACAGACAACUGUGCUGUGUGACGUGUGAAUCACAACAAGCAAACGAAAGUACGACGUAGUCAAGAGUAAACCGCACAUCAAGAUGUCCCAGACGAUCGGCAGCAUCGAGAAAGUCGCCGGGCCCCUCGUGGUCGCCGGCGGGAUGUCCGGGUGCAAAAUGUUUGAGCUGGUGCGGGUCGGCAAGGAGAAGCUCAUCGGGGAAGUCAUUCGACUGGAGCUGGACACGGCAUCCGUGCAGGUAUGCUGGAUUAGUGUCUUGGCUAAUUGUCGUAUGUGCAUUUGAGUACAUUGUCUCUGAAGCAGUGCUGUGCUAUUUGCUCUAUAUACUAUUUUCAUCACCAUGCAUUGAAACAAUAAUAACCCGAAAACCCUUAGGUCUACGAAGACACCGCGGGUCUGACCGUCGGCGACCCGGUGUACGGCACGGGUUCUUCGCUGUCCCUGGAGCUCGGGCCGGGGAUUUUGAACGACAUUUACGACGGUAUCCAGCGUCCGUUGGAGCGGAUCAUGAACGACACGGGGUCCGUGUUCAUCAAGCGCGGCGUGGUAUCCAAGAUGAAAAAAGCUGUCUCAGUCCCAAACCUUUGCAGACUCAGCAACACAAUAAAUUUCGUCAGCAUGACGCACAAGGGAAUCUGUGAUGCGUAAAAGUCACAAGAGACAAAACAUGCAUUUGAAGGACGCCCUUCGCGCAUGUGGAGUAUGACAGAAAACUGUCUCACGGAGUGAGUGUCCUUAUUGGAAGUUGAGUCUGAGACAGUUUUUUCUUUUUGAUAACUUGAGGUCGACAACUUGAACCGGGGAAAGUCGUGGGAGUUCCGCCCGUUUCCGGGGAUCAAGGUCGGCGACAUGCUAACGGGCGGCGACAUCUUUGGCAUCGUGCGGGAGAACGGGCUGUUCCGCGAGCACAGAAUCAUGAUCCCGCCGAAGUCGCAGGGGCGCGUGGCGCAAAUCAUGGGCGUAUCCACUGCAAAGAUGUCUGGGUGUGGAAGGUAGGCGCAAGAUUUGUCAUGCUUGUCUAACGUGACGGCGCAGUAGUUUGUGAUGCGGACUCACCACGAAAAAGCAUUUUGCUUGUCAUUCAGAAAGAAAGUUUGUCAUGCGGAACGCGCAGCACCUAGGUGCGCAACUACUUUCUCGCAUGCGUGGCAGUCCUGUGCAUUUUUACAGAGCCUUUAUCGUUCUUUCCUGACUUAGCAUUACAAGUUUCCAUGCUCAGACAUGUCUGCACUCGAUAGGACGCGGGGAAUUACAAAAUUUUGGACACCCUGCUGGUCCUGGACACGCCCAGUGGAAAGAAGGAGCAGCUGCAGAUGAUGCACAAAUAUGCAUUGCAAAAGAACUAUCGUACAACUAGUGGAAGGAGCUUCUGCAAGACUAUUCAAAAUGAAAAUAAAAUUUCCCAUGCAUGAAUAAAAGUGGAUUUGUCUUUGUCAUCAUGGAGUUCGUUGUAUUACAACAGAAGCAUCAAGUCCGAUAGUUGUGCACUCGAUAACAAGUGGCCGAUCCGCGAGCCCCGGCCGACCAAGGAAAAAUUGCGCGGCGAGGUUGCGAUGCUGACGUGCCAGCGGGUGUGCGACGCGCUGUUCCCAAUGACCUUGGGUGGUACCGCGGCGGUCCCCGGCGCUUUCGGUUGUGGAAAGACCGUCAUCUCCCAAGCGCUUUCGAAAUACUCGAACACAGGUACUUUUAAUAAUAUCGCUGAUGAUUUACAAAACAAUGUGUCGUGGUGCUGCUUCUUUAUCACGUAGUUCAUGUGCUGAAAAAAAAAUAGAGAUUUCCUGACCUUUGUUCCUUUGGUGGAACUAGGCGAGACCGCGGAAAAAAAAUCAGAUGUCGUGGUGUACGUGGGGUGCGGCGAGCGUGGCAACGAGAUGGCCGAGGUGCUGUGCGACUUUCCCGAGCUUACGACGCUGAUCGAGGGCAAAGAGGAGGAGAUCAUGCAGCGAACCACUCUCGUGGCCAACACCUCGAACAUGCCGGUCGCGGCCCGUGAGGCGUCGAUCUACACCGGUGUUACAACCGCCGAGUACUUCCGCGACCAAGGUUUCAACGUGGGUAUGAUGGCGGACUCCACCUCCCGGUGGGCCGAGGCGCUGCGUGAGAUGGCGGGACGGUUGGGGGAGAUGCCGGCCGACAGCGGGUACCCGGCCUACCUCGGUGCCAGGUUGGCGUCCUUCUACGAACGGUCCGGCCGCGUGAACUGCAUCGGGACGCCCGACCGGGAGGGCUCCGUGUCCAUCGUCGGAGCCGUGUCCCCACCGGGUGGUGAUAUGACGGACCCCGUUACGAGCGCGACGCUGUCCAUCGUGCAGGUGUUCUGGGGGUUGUCGAAGAAGCUCGCGCAGCGAAAGCACUUUCCGUCGCUGGACUGGACGAUCAGCUUCUCCAAGUAUACUUUGAUUUUAUUCCUCGUAGUCAAGAAACUAACCUGUCUUGCACCUAGCUUCUUCUCUUCCAUUCAAAUCGUCAUGCAAAACAUGAGCCUCAGACUCUCGUUUUAUUGCUGUUGAUCUAUCAUUUUUAUUGCGAAUCUAUCUAUCAUUCCCACUCCUGAUAAUCAGGUACGUCCGCAUCCUGUGUCCGUUUUUCGAAGCCAACUACGAUCCGGAGUACGGCCGCUUGGUCCAGACCUUCAAGGAAAUCUUGCAGAAGGAAGACGACUUGCAGGAGAUUGUGCAGUUGGUCGGAAAGGAUUCCUUGUCUGAGGAUCAGAAGUGCACCUUGGAGGUGGCUAAGAUUAUCCGUGAGGACUUCUUGCAGCAGAACGGUUUCUCCGACUACGACUUCAUGUGCCCCCUGGCGAAGACGAUCGGUAUGAUGAAGGUCAUCGCAUUGUUCCACGACACCGCGCAGAAGAUGAUUGUGGAGUCAACCGGAGACAAGAAGAUCACCUGGGGUAAGAAGUACUUAUAGGAUUUUGCAUGUGAAGAUGUAUAAUUUUUUGAGUAGGCCAGACCCGGCAGGCCCUUUUUCGGUAGGUAGUGCAGUAGGGUAGUGCGAUGAACUAGAUAGAUUAACGCUAGCUAACUUCCAAGAAGAACGGGACCGGAUGCGAAAAAUGAGCCCUCAGAGCAGUUCCAGCUGUCUUCGAAGGGAUUUUAUAGUCGUUCAGCCUAAUAUCCUCCCAUAAAGGAGAUACAGAUAUGUCAUGCACAUCAUGCAUGAUUAAAGGCUUUAAUUAUGCAUGAUGUGCAUGACAUAUCUGUAUCUCUUCGCUUCGCAAGACGCGUAAGAGUGCAAACCUGGACACCUUUGCAGACAAGUGCUCUGAGAGCGCACUGCAUGUGGAUACCCUGGCUCGGAGCGGCGGCACGCGUUGCAAACGUGUUUGGGCCUGGAAGGUUCAAACUAUGCCGAGCCUCAGCAUCACGACAGGCAUUUUCAAAAAUAAAAGUGCGCGAGGCACGCGCACGCGUUACAGAUACAGACUUCGUUUCGGCAUGACAAUUCUGCAGCCGUGUUGUUCUCAGUCAUGCAGCCCACGCACUACAUUUACAGAAAGACUUGCCAGGCGGCGGCGGCGGCGACGCCGGGGUAGGUCGGUAGGCCGGCCCUGGCAACAGCGGGCGCAGUGCUGCCUCGGGUGGCGUCACAACAGGCAGCUCAGCUGUCUACCUACCUACUGACAAGCCGAAGCUUUCGGUUUGUCAGUAGGUACGGUAGGUAGGUAGGUAGAUGACAGCAGUAGAUGGCUUUUCGGUUUCAAAUGAGCACUAGACUUUUUGAAAAAGUGUAGUGCUCAUUUGAAACCGAGAAACAAUCUCUGUCAUGCAGUCGGAAGUGCACAACACGCACAAAUCUGCACUCCUGUCACGAAAUGGAAAACCCAGGAACCUGCAACCGGAACGCACUCCGCAGGCACUCAAAGACAAAGAAUUGGGCGGAGAUACCAACCUACAUCGCCCGGCCCGCGCCGAUUUGUUUGCGCGGGGGGGCGGUAGGUUUAGGGGGGGAGACCGGCUGCAGCGACGCGGAUCCCCGCGGCUUUUAAUUUAUGCGGGGGCGCGCAAAUAAUUGGCGCUGGAAGAAGGCCGCGGCCAACUGUUAGCUCAGCCCGCCCGCCUCGCUCGCGGCCUGCGACCGCCGGCCCGCGCGCGCUACUUUCCCCGGCCGGCCCCGGGCGCACCAGCCCGGCACUGCCCCGAACCCCGGAGGCGCUCGUCGCCGCCCCCCGGCACCCGGGUCCAUGCGCAUGCCCCCCUUCCUCCGAGGAUAGAUUUUCCCGGGUCUGGCUCAAGUCCGGGCACUUUUCUGGGGGCGAAUAUUUUCCCCAGAUUUUCGCCAGAUUCGAAAAGGGCUGCAUUGGAAUUAGGCCGGGGGACGGCGUCAAAGUUUGGCCGUCCACGCAUUUCCGGGCGGCGAGCCCGGGGGGAAUUCCGGGCCGCCCCGGGUUUGAGCCAGAUUUGGCAGAGGCUUUAGUGGAAUUAGGCCGGAAGGCAGCGUCAAAAUUGGGGCCAGGCGUGGCCCCGGCCCAGACUGGGGCGCCCGUAUUCCGCUUGCAUUUGGCGCCCGCGCCUAUCGGCCGCGCCCGUUACCCCUAGGCCCCGGGUUGCUUUCGGCCAAAGGAAAGCACUUUGUUUCGCGCGGACACACAAAAAAUUUUGUGACCCGCGGCGCCGCGCCUUUUGGUAGGUCGGUCGGGUAGCCCCGACGCCUCUGGUGGUAGGGGCUGUCUAGUACAGCCAUCAACCUUUAGUAGGUAGGUCGGGUAGAUCUGAAUGAAACCCCUGAGAGGGCGGCGCGGGCAACUAAAAAGCGCCUCGGGUAGGUAGGUCGAGGAGAUUCGGCCUCUCACCCUGGCCACAUCUAGCGACUAGCAACGGCGCCAGGCAGGUAGGUCGGGCGGGUCGAGCCUCCCCAGUGGCUGGCACGCUACAAUGUCAAGUAGGUAGGUCGGGUAGAUUUUCUAAUCAAGACCGGGCGCGGUUAGUGGCUUCAAGUAGGUAGGUCGGGUAGAUCGCAUGGCCAUGCGAUCAAGACCAGGGGUGGCCAGUCACUUUAAGUAGGUAGGUCGGGCAGAUUUAUAUGACUAUGACUAGGCCGGCCGAGCGUGGUCAGUCGCUUCAAGUAGGUAGGUCGGGUAGAUCAAGAAUGGGCAUGCUGAUGGUCAGCAGCUUCAAGUAGGUAGGUCGGGUAGAUUUUCUAAGCAAGACCGGGCGCGGUUAGUAGGUUCAAGUAGGUAGGUCGGGUAGAUCGCAUGGCCAUGCGAUCAAGACCAGGGGUGGCCAGUCACUUUAAGAAGGUAGGGCGGGCAGAUUUUAUGACUAUGACUAGGGCCGAGCGCGGUCAGUCGCUUAAAGUAGGUAGGUCGGGCAAAUCAAGAACGGGCACGCUGAUGGUCAGUAGCUUCAAGUAGGUAGGUCGGGUAGAUUUUCUGAUCAAGACCGGGCGCGGUCAUACUUGAAGUAGGUAGGUCGGGCUUGUUUGAGCGAGGCCAGCUGCAGUUGCCAACCAACCUACCAGAGCUACUAGUAGGUAGGUAGGCCAGCUACCGCGAACGUGCGUCAGGUGCAUUGUGGUGGGUAGGUAGGUAGGACAGAAAAAUUGCCAACAGAAGGACACUGAGGGCGCGCACCUGUUUCGCUAGCGUUAAUCUAUCUAGUUCAUCGCACUACCCUACUGCACUACCUACCGAAAAAGGGCCUGCCGGGUCUGGCCUAUUGAAUUUUUUUGUCUACUUUUGGAUUUCCUUGCAGAAAGUAUGCUUCACAGCAGGCAUAGUUACAGACCACGAUGCAGUACGUCGACAAAAAAACUCGAUUAGGUUUGAUCUACACCGUGAUGAGGGAGCAGAUUGUAUCCUUAGCAAAAAUGUACCCACACCAGAGUCAAGAUGGAAAAUCUGCUAGACAAAUCGGCCAACUUUGCUUGUUUCGCAUGACAAAUUUGGACGCGUAGUGUAGUGCUGUUUGAGCUAGUUCAGCAGCAUUACAGAUCUAGUCUCUCAUGCUGAUUGGAGCAUGACAAAUUUCGAAAUACCCUUAGAAAAUGCUUCUCAUGGGGCUCCGCAUGACAAACAUUUUAAGCAUGCAGAUUUGCAUGACAACUAUGGUGUGGGUACGUUUUUACUCAGGAUAGAUUGUGAAGAUCACAAACAUGAAGUUCGAGUUGCCCCGACAGCCGGACCAGCACUUCAAGACAGUGUACGGGCAGUUGGUGACCGUAUGAGUUGCAAAAAUGUCUGGGUCUGGAAGAUUGCAACUUGUCAUGGUAAAUCUGAAGCAUGCAAAAAUCUGUGUUGCAUGAGUGCCAAAAGCUGUCCGCUUUUGACCAAGUUGGAACGGAGUUUCUCAUGCAGAAUAGGCAUGGCAGAGACCUCGCAGAGUCUGUCACGCUAAGUCCCGCAUUCCAGACCUCACGGGUCAUGGAAAAUCUGCAUGACAAGUCUACACUCUUCCAGACCCAGACAUUUUUGCACUUGAUAGACCGAGUUGGAAACGACUUUCGCCAACCUGUCGGAUCACGUGUAAGAGGUGUGGCACAGUCAACAUCUCCCCUAGAAGUUCAAGAGCGAGAUUUUUGACUCACCGACUUUUUCUUUUUACUUUUGCUUCUGAGCUUUUCACGAUGUAGUUGGGAGUGCUUGCUACACAGAUUUACUCUCGUUCACAAAAAUGAGAAGUGAACGUUUGACGAAAAUUACCACGCAGUCAGACAGUUCAGCAAAGCAGCGCGCUCCACGGAAAAUCUUUGCCUGGUGAUCCGGUUCUCAACAGGAUCUAUCGGGUACUGGGUUUUUCAGUACUGCAAGGCGUUUGCAGCGGAUUUAAGCACUCUCUCUUACACCAACACUUCUUGUUUGUCUUACGACCCUUGACGAGAGAGUUAUCUGAAAGUCCUAGUCCUUUGGUUUGAAAACAGAAAGAAAGAGAUACUGUGUUAUCAUGAGAUGAAAUUCUGAGGCAGCAAGUUGUCCUUGUG